GCGUGGUCCGUCGAAAACCCAGCGCCCGGAAGGGUGUGCGCCCCUCCCGAUGACUCUCCUCCGCCGCCCGCCGCGGUCGUACUCCCGGCAGGCGGUGCCCCGGGCACUAGUCGGGACAAGGAUUCCAUUAGGUCUUCCCGUUUCUGCGUCACCAUCCUCUCCAGUCUUGUGCUGGCGUCGCCGACGGCGUCAUCGAUGGCCGUCCGAAGUUCCUCAUGAGUCGGACUGGCCCCGCCUCCGCCAGAGUUAUCCGAUUCUUGCGAAGACAUGUGUGUCCGUCACGCUAGACUAUGGCGAUAACCGCUCAAACUCUAGAGUGUUGAUUGGCCCCAAGCCUAGUGCUGCUGGAUGAGCACGGCUGACCCGGUUGACAAACGUGAAGAGAUGGUUAAGACGUUUUAUUGGUUGUCCUUGUAGACACAACCCACGGAAGAGAGUGAGCACAGGGUGCAUCACAAACACCGAGGCACUCGUGCAGCAGCCGCAAGAAAUUCCCCGCAGGAAAGACGCAUUCGGAACUCGGAACACGCGACAGCGGAACACGUGACAACUUGUCAAAGAUAUGAUCGGAGAUACCCCGAAGAUCCAAGAUCGGUGAACAGCCACUACUUGCGCACUUGCAUGUAGCUCAAAACCACGCAUGAGUAUCGCCACAGUAGCCUUCGUAAGGAUGGCAUAAUCCACCUCACGAACACUA